UGCUCUCGGACGAAGGAGGCGCAGCUCUGUGCACAUCACACUUCUGGCUCUCUACCGCCGUAAUCCCUACUCGGCGGGAAGACAUCAGCAAGCUUCCCUUCCAUGCUUCUAGUCCUUGUGUUGGUUAUCCACUCUCUUGAAUUGAUGAGAUUGGUACCUUGCCGUGGACACUUUUCUGUCAUGGCACUUGCCCAAGUACGCACGCACGCACGCACGCACACGCCAGAGGCAGGAACAAGUGGGCACACGUGGAUUAGCAUAUUGUACACGUCCAUGCUGGCCUUACUACGUCGCAGCAUACCUACCUACGUAGGUAAGGUACUAUCCAACGGUCUUUUUCUCUUAUUAUCUACCUGGUGCCCCAUGGGAUCUAGGUCGUCACAUCCAAUUCCGCCUUUUCCUCCCUCUAGAUCGGGACAUUGUAUUGAAUCAUCGGCCUCGCCUCAUCACCUCAAACCCAAAGCAUCAACCAACCUAAGAGACACUCACCCCCCGACCUCAACAAACAGCUUCCUUCUUCUCCUCUAGUUUACUGGGUCACAUCCCCCUUGACCCAGCUCUCCCCCGGAUUCUUCAGACCCCUUCUUUGAUUGCGCCUUCGGUUCCGGCCUCUUAUUCAGGCCAUUAUCCCGCAUUUGCCUCGGUGUGCUGGUCGGUGUCCACUAUCG